AACUAUGUAUAAUAUUUUCUUACUAUUGUUGACAUGCAACCAUACAGAUGUGACGCUCACAAACUAUUCGUGGCGAAUUAUUCGCCACUUCGCGGCGAAUUAUUCGCUACUCGCUAAAAAUCAUUCGCCGCAUGAAAAGGCACCUUAAAACAGUCAGGGAUGUUUUCCAGUAAGUUACCAGCGCAAGUGCGUCCAGCUGCGUUCAACUUUCGACGACGUUCCAAUUGCAACGUUUUAAGAAAUCGUUUGUGUUGAAUGGACAGCAAAGUUACUCCGGAUUUGUUUAACAAACGUGAAGACAGAUUGUAGAUCAGUAAAUAACUGGCAAUUCAUUAAUUAAUUUUGCAGACAAAAGAAUUGCCAACACGUUUCGUCCAAUAUUUUCCAAGUGUGCGGGAAAAUAAAAGUGACAUUCUAUCAAGAUGGAUAAAGCGGACGUAAUGGAAAUUGAUGAUCCGGAAACGAACGCAGUCUCUAACCCUUAUGUAUUUUCCAAGCCGAGUAUCGUAUCCGAUUCUCCAACAAUCGUGAACUUUGGCGUAGGAUCAGAUCACGUUUUCGAUGUUCAAUUCAGCAAGAGGAAGGACACGUUUACUUUUGCAGCACCCAUGAUAAUCUCGCAAUAUGAUCAAAGUCAUGCUAAUUUAGAAGCUAGUAAGCCUACCAUGCAGAAGCCAAAAAAUUCCAGCACCAAGUUUAAACCUACAGUUAAUGUAUUUGCUAAUGCUCUUAAGGACACGGGAGCGUUUGAAGAACUGAAAAAGAAUGCCAAAUCACAUAACCCUAAGGUCAAUAUAGAUCAUUCAAUAACUUGCUCGGAUGUGCCCAAAGCUUUGUUGACUAAGACAGCAGCACAACAUUUCUUCAUGUCAUUUGGAAAUAUUGCGAAAAUAACUAUUCGCCCAAGAAGACGUUCAAUUACGGUGACUUAUAAAACGAAGAAGGAAGCCAUUACAGCAUACAAAAAUUGCGGCAACUACAUGGAUGAGGAGUUUCAUAUAGAAUGGACAAAACUACAGCCACUGGAGAAAUUGCCAACCAAGAAGAAAGAUGUGCACAAGAACUUAGUAACGAACCUGCUCAAAGCAACUAACGAUGAGAUUAGAUCUGAAUUAAAAGCCAUGACAAAUUUAGAAUAUAAUCUGCAUCCUAACAAAAGAAUCGAAGCAUCCGACAAAAGCUUGUUGUUGCCGUUAAAGACUAAAGCGUCGUCCGUGAAGACGACACUGUCUUCCGACAAGUCUCUGUCAAAAUUGGAGAAAGCGGUUGUGAAAACUGAAAAGCUUGAUUCCGAUGGUCAACUAGCCAAACCUUUGUCCAAUACUUCCAUAGAGGAGUUAGAAAAUGUAGUACUUCAGGCUGCUCUUACAGCUGAGGACAAAUACAAGAUAUUGGAGGCCAGGGAUCGUCUUAUGAGACUGAAACGUGUCAAGCCAGCCUCGCUUGCGACAGCUAAAGUGACGAGUGGCACCUGCCCCGACAUGUGUCCCGAAAAGGAACGUCUCAUGCGCGAGUCGCAGAGGCAAAUUGCGCCGUACGAACAAUUGGAGGGAAACGAGUACAAGGUAAAUCACGUGGUGGCCAUAAAGCAGUAUUCAAGAUCCUCCGCAGAUCAGGAAGAACCGAUGCCACACGAGUUAAGACCGGUGAAGUCCUUGAAGAUGACCAUGAGCUACCUACUGCACGAAAUAGCGGAUCUUUGCGAGCAGGAGGGCACAAAUCUGGCAGAAUGGUAUCACUUCUUGUGGGACAGGAUGAGAGGGAUCAGAAAGGACAUCACGCAGCAGGAACUGUGCUGCGCGGACAGCGUCGAAUUGGUCGAGCAGUGUGCUAGAUUUCACAUAAUAUCCUCGGAGAGACUGUGCGCCGAAGAUGCGUCCGUAUUCGACAAGAAAAUUAAUUCGGAAAAUUUGACUAAAUGCUUACAGACCUUGAAGUACAUGUAUCACGAUCUGAGAAUGAAGGGCAUCACCUGCGAGAACGAGCCGGAAUUUAGAGCGUACGUUGUUUUACUAAAUCUAAACAAUGGUAAUUUUCUGUACGACUUGCAGCAGCUACCGAAGUACGUGCAAAAUUCGCCAGAGGUACAAUUUGCAAUCAAAGUAUACUUCUCACUGGAUUCGAAUAAUUACUAUAAAUUCUUUAAACUCGUCCGUGAAACGACAUACUUGAAGGCUUGCAUUUUGUUAAGGUAUUUCAACCAGGUUAGACUGAAGGCUUUUUCAAUAAUGAUAAAAGCCUACUGCAGAAGUACUUCGACGGCUUUCCCAUUGUACGAAAUGAUGGAUAUUCUUGGUUUUGAGGACGAGAAUGAAGCUAGAUAUUUCUGCGAACAGGUAGGACUGAACGUGUCGGAUGAUGACCUGUAUGUUCUUCUGAAUCGUCGAAACUUUAGCAUGCCCACGACGAGUAUCCAACAAGUCAGAGCCUGCAAUCUGAUAGAAUCUAAGAGAAUCGCUCUAAAUUUCAGCAUCGGGCAAUGUAUUGCCGGUAAAAGGAUGCCGGAGAGAAUUUAUAAAAAUCACAAACCGCAUAACAGUUUCGAUGCUCAUGGUUAUUUAAAGCCCGAGUCUAUCAACGCUGCAGAUCAGAAUGCCGAUGCCUUGUCUGCGGAGCAGCACGACGCGUGUGAACUUAUGGAGAAAAAAAUGAAACCAAAACCAAAGCUGAUACCGAUUCGGGGCAAAAAUCAGAGAAUUACGAAAGAGGGUAGUCCUGUUAAUCCUGUUCAGAUCAAGAAACAGCCAGCGAGUGCGGGCAAUGAAUCAAAUAUGUCCAAAACUGUUACAGAUUACAGAUUGAUCACUUCGGACGGUGUUAAAACGACGUCUGAGCCGAUAUCAGUUGAGCACGAGACGAGAGUACCAAACAUAUUUGAGAAUAAAUCGUAUGAAUCAACUGCACAAGUAAAAGAAUCCUUCGACAAAAAGUUUGAUGACAGAGAUGCGACGACCAAUAAGAUGAAUCGGGAAAAUACUACUAUGGAUAACAAAAAACAACCUGAAAGUUUUAGUAGCAACAAUACUUUUGGUAAUAAUACAUUUGCAAGCAGUUCUACCAAACAACAGGAAACGUUGCGUAACGUAGAAUCCGCUACGCCGUUUGCGACGGCCGUAAAUAAGAGCAUCUUCUCUGGUACUGCAACAGGAAAUAUAUUCAUGAAGAAUGCAAUGUCUUCUUCAACUGUAUUAUUCGGUAACCCCGUUGUUUCCACAUCGGUUUCCUCGCAACAAUCGGCAAAUAAUGUGGAUGCUGCGAGUAAAGUUAAAAAGGAACAAAUUGUCUUCCCUAAGAAAGAAGAAAUUGUCUUCCCUAAGAAGGAACGGACUGUCUUUGCUAAAAAGGAACAAAAUGCGCAGAAAGACGUACAAGCGGAGAUUGAGAAAGUGAGACUAGAGAAGUUGGAACACGCGAAAAAGAUGCAACGACUCGACGAGCAAUCGGGGGAAAUUUACAACAGUCUACACGCAGAAAUCACGCAGGAGUUCUGCUCGGCUGUCGUGAAGGAGGACAUCGACAGAAUAAAAACAUAUAAUGCAUUAAGCGACAGAAUCCUCCACGAUAUAACCGAGGACGUUACUUACGAGAUGUGCGAUGACGUAUUGACUGCGGAGGUUGACAAUCAACGAAAAUUAGAGGCGAUGUUACUAAAAGUAAAGAAUCGUGUGAUUCUCAAGUCCUUUAACAAUUGGAAACGAUAUGUAGCGAAACGGAAGCGGCAAAGAGAAGCGCUGGAGGACACGCCGGUUUGGGUGCAGAAGCAAUCUGUUGAGGAAUGCGCGAAGAUGCUGUACUCCAAGGAGCAGGAAGUGGUGAUACGAAGUAUGCGCAGGAGACGAAAGACACCAGAAGAUGUAACAAUCAGUACGGAGGUUCUCGCGCCGAUCGAAGUUAUUGCGCACAUUGGUAUCCGAGAGAAUUUACGACUACUGGACAUCAAUCCGCUGCCUAAUCUGUUUUGGAAGCUCGUGAUCUCUUGGCCGGACUUGAGCAGCAAAACGCUCCUGUGGCACCAUAAAAAGGUGAUGAACGAGUAUUUGUAUCCCGUCGAUUUCACUGUGGAUCCUAUUGUAAAGGUUUACCAGCCAAAUCCCUACGAGACCUUGCACCUUUGCAUAAGGCACUUCGAGGGUUUGAUCAGCGAGCACAAUCUAACUGGCGCCGACGCGCUCCUGUUUAUCGCCGAUGCCUCGGAGAAUUAUAAAUCCGUCGCCAAACGCUUGAUGAGGACCGUAUUGUCGAGGCAUAAGCUGAUGCCUAUGCCGCUCGCUUUUAUCACGCUAGGCAAUGGCGACCUAGAGAAGCAGAACGAGGGCAUUAUCUCGAAUUUGGAAUCCAUUCUGGAGUCUGGCUACAUAUCGGAAUAUACGAUUAUGCACGAGAAGAACUUGACUGCAAAAGUUAUCCUGAAUUUGACACAGAGCGCAGUUUUAUGGUUGACGAUGAACAAGUCGCCAUCGAAUCCAUUGGAGAUGGACUAUCUGUAUAACGUGUACGACAUCUGUCUAUCAGAAGAGUUAUGGUUAAGGAUACUGGGUGAUUCUACGUUUAACAAACAAUUGUCAAAUGCAUUAGCGGAUCCGAAUUUCGUGAUCGAUUUGCACAAUGAGGCUGUAAAUCAUCUUAUAGACAUAAUCUUAGAUCCAGAGUCCAUGUUAUAUACAAAUUUCGCACCCGAGUUGAAGAAAUUCGUUAAAAGCAAUCAUUCUAAGCCAUGCAGUUACGAAUAUUUUGACGAGUCGUGGAAACGAGACGAAUAUAGAGCAAGAUUAGAAAAUACGAUGAACAGUUUUUUGUUACCUCCAUGGAAUGCGCCAUGGCCAAUAACGGAUGUACAAGACUUGCGACGGCACAUUAUGAAUUAUUGCGGAGAGGUGCUGUCCGACUCAAACUGCAACACCAUAUUCUGCGAUAUACUGAGUAACUUAUUCCUCACCUCGGGUAGCUUGCAAGUAUCAAACUUCGUACAUAUACUGCUACACAUUCUCAAGGAAAAAGUACGCUUGCUGGACGAAAAUCAAACGGUCAUUUACAAUAGAAAUCAUGUCAAGCAUUUCCGGACGCUACCGUGGUGGUUUAAAUCCAACAUACUGACAGAAUUCACGGCCCGCGAAUUAGAUACGAGUGACACGUCAAAUGAGCCAAGAAGGAAGAAGAAAAAAUUCGACACGUCGGAGAAUGAUUUGGACGACAGCAUAUUAGACGAGGAGUUCGGCUCGUUGGCAGAAUUUUGCGAGGACACCAGGAUUCAAGUCACAGAAGUGUACUCGAUAUCUCAGAAGAUAGAGAAUCGCUUGAGAGCGCAACAAUUGGAAAAUACGUUAUUGGAAGAGAAGCUGAAGAGUGCAUUGCUUGAUAAAAUAUAAAAACUACAAUAUAAUUUAAUAUUUUCUUGGAUUAUACGCUACAUGUACCUUAUACAUUAAUGUACAUAUUAACAUGUACAUAUCGAAAUAGACCAUGAAACAUCA